UAUUAUACCGCUGCUUAAAGAUUAACACAUACGCAGGAUGUAUAAUAUAUUGUACUCGGAAUACUAUAGUACCGCUGCUUAGAGCCAACGCAUACGCAGGAUGUACGUAAACCGAAACAAAUACGCGACCGUGACCAGAAUGAAAAUGGAUAUAAUCAGCAAUGGAAAAACGGAAAAUAUAAACUUUUACGCGCACUGAAAUGACUACCUGUAUUGGUGUUGAACGUCCACCGGAAUGGCUGCGCGGGAUGCGCGCCUGCCGGGAUGACUGCGCGGGAUGCGAGGAAGACCACCGGGAUGACUGCGCUGAAUGCGCGUCCGCCGGUAUGAAUGCGCUGGCUGCGCGUCCGCAGGGAUGGCUGCGUAGGCGCGACUAUGUCCGCCGGGAUGGCUGUGCAGGAUGCGUGCCCGCCGGGAUGACUGCCGGGCGCAAGGACGACCACCGGGAUGACUGCGCUGCACGCGCGUCCGCCGGGAUGUACCCCUGUGUGCGUGAGCGUCCGCCGGUAUGACUGCGCGGGAUGCGCGUCCGCCGGGAGGACACGUGCACUGACCUGGUCGUCUCUCCUUACCUUGCCCAGAUCGUUUUCCGAUGCUGGGCAGGCGCCGCAGAUUGCGCGUAUCCGUCGGCCCGUCAUGGUGGACGAGUUAACAAUGGCGGGUGACGCCACUAGUGGACUCGUCCGAUGCUUCUAGAAGGCCCAAAAUAUGGACUCGCCCAGCGUCGUUAGCGCAAAAAAUUGGGCUCGUCCGAGGAUUCCUCAUGGCUGGUAUGGCGUGUUCGAGGUCCUCUUGAGAGCUAUAUAGGUCCGCCCGCAAAGCUGGGGAUGACCUGCGUGUCGCCGUUGAUCCCAGUUCCGCCGAUGCGAACGUGAAAUGCGCGGAUGCGCAUCACGUCGGGGUCACCAAUUGUGGGGCCUGUCGAUAUUAUUACGGCCCGGCUGAAGCGCCCACAAUACUUCGUAGCCGAUAGCCGGUAUGCUAAGGCGGGAAAGAACUCACUCACUGUAUAGGAUAUAUAUGAGAACUUUAUUGAGAUCUCGGUACACGGCAAGGUGAUCAGACUUGACCGUGUCGAAGGCGAGUUACGACUUACAUAAUCUGUUCCCGCUCGGACAGCGCCACCAACGACCAUAGACUGUGUCGUGGUGUAGAAAGGCAACUCUAAGUCGCCACAGAUCGAUCUAUGCAGCUGACAUCUAUG